GGGCGUCUGCUAUAUAUGCCGCUUGUUGCAGAAGAAGUCAAAUCAGAUAUGCUGUUGAAGCUGUUCCUAAUAGCCGUAGGGCUCACCGCAGCCUUGGCAUUGGACUUUGAAAAUCCAGAACUGGGAGACAAUGCAAUUGUAGAAAGAGAUACGUCAGAUAAACAUCCUAAUUACAGGGUCUUAAUUUAUUCGGUAUUAGAUUCGAUAAAUCCGAGUAUUCGCCCUAUAAAAGAUUUUCCGUUACCUUAUUCAUAUCAUGAAUCACUUAUAAGAAAGAAGAGAGGUUAUGGAUCAGGAGGAUAUGGAUCAGGCGGAUACGGAGGCGCACAUGGUGGUGGAGGGUAUGGUUCCGCAACAAAAGGAUUUAGUCAGUCAGCAGCUUCGUCGGCUGCAAGUUCGAAAGUACUCGUAGGAGGAAGCGGAGGUUAUGGACAGGGCGGACUCCAAACAGGGGGCUACGGUGGUGGCGCUGGAGGACACGGAGGAAGCGGCCUAGGCGGAGGUGAUGGCGGCAGGGGUUUAGGAGGACUCAGCGGAGGUGGAUACGGUGGAAGAGGAGGCGGCGGUGGAGGCGGCGGCGGAAGCGGCGGCUUUGGAGGUGGACAUGGCGGGGGUGGUCUCGGUGGACAUGGUGGCUCAGGAGGUGGUGGUGGUUUUGGAGGAGGUCAUGGCGGAAGUGGACUCGGUGGUGACCACUCAGGCUCUGAAUUUAGCAGUGGGAGACUGUCAGGAGGGCACGGUGGAAGUGGACUGAGUGGUGGUCACUCAGGGGGCGGAUUUAGCAGCGGCGGGUUAGGAGGAGGACACGGUAGUAGUGGACCAGGAGUUAGUCACUCAGGAGGUGGUUUUAGCAGCGGUGGAUUGGGAGAAAGAUACGGUGGUAGUGGAUUUACUGGUGGACACUCAGGAGGCGAACUUAGUGGCGGAGGAUUAUCAGGUGGACACGGUGGAAGUCUCUCUGGAGGUGGAGUAAAAGGCGGCGGUCUUGGAAGCGGACACGGUGGAAGUGGAUUUGGUGGAGGGCACUCAGGAGGGGAAUUUAUCGGCGGCGAGCUGGGAGGAGGACACGGUGGAAGUGGAUUAGGUGGUGGCCAUGGCAGCGGACUUGGUCCCGAAAAGUUAGUGUCUGCAGGCCACAGCGGAAGUAGCAGUUUUGCUUCUAGCCAAUCUUCAUCAUCAGGCUUUGGUGGAAGUGGAUUGAGCGGCGGCGGACUUGGCGGAGGUCACGGCGGAAGCGGAUUAGGUGGUGGCCACUCAGGAGGUGGAUUAAGUAGUGGUGGAUUCGGUGGAGGACACGGUAGCAGCGGAUUAGGUGGAGGACACGGCAGUAGCGGACUCGGUGGAGGACACGGAAGUAGCGGACUCGGUGGAGGACACGGUAGCAGUGGACUCGGUGGAGGACACGGUAGCAGCGGAUUAGGUGGAGGACACGGCAGUAGCGGACUCGGUGGAGGACAUGGCAGUAGCGGACUCGGUGGAGGACACGGUAGCAGUGGACUCGGUGGAGGACACGGUAGCAGCGGAUUAGGUGGAGGACACGGUAGCAGCGGACUCGGUGGAGGACACGGUAGCAGCGGACUCGGAGGAGGACACGGCAGUAGCGGACUCGGUGGAGGACACGGUAGCAGUGGACUCGGUGGAGGACACGGUAGCAGCGGAUUAGGUGGAGGACACGGUAGCAGCGGACUCGGUGGAGGACACGGUAGCAGCGGACUCGGAGGAGGACACGGCAGCAGUGGACUCGGUGGAGGACACGGUAGCAGCGGACUCAGGAGGACACGGUAGCAGUGGACUCGGUGAAUUCGGUGGUGUAGGAGGUAGUGGUGGAAGCUUUGGAGGAAGCCAUGGCGGAAGUGGACUCGGCGGUGGUCUCUCAGGGGGUGGAGUAAAAGGCGGCGGUCUUGGAGGUGGACACGGUGGAAGCGGAUUUGGUGGAGGUGAAUUCAGUAGUGGUGGACUCAGCGGAAGCGGACAUGGUGGUGGAUCAGGAGGCGGUUAUGGCGGCGGGCUUGGUAGCGG